CCCAGGCUGCUCCGCGCCGGCCGCGCUCCAAGCGAUUGGCUGCACCGCCUCACGUGACGCCAGGCUGGCGGCGGCGGCGGUUGCCCGGGUGACGGCUGCAGAGGUGGCGGUCCUACCGGGUGAGCGCAAGUGUCCGCGCCGGAGCAGCAGAGAUUUUGCUGAAUUAAAAACCAGAAGCAGUUCAAUAUGGGGGACAUUCUGGCUCAUGAAUCUGAAUUACUUGGACUAGUGAAAGAGUAUUUAGAUUUUGCUGAAUUUGAAGACACCUUGAAAACAUUUUCAAAAGAAUGCAAAGUAAAAGGAAAACCAUUAUGUAAAACAGUAGGCGGAUCUUUCAGAGACUCCAAAUCAUUGACAAUUCAGAAGGAUCUUGUCACUGCAUUUGACAACGGAGACCAGAAGGUAUUCUUCGAUCUGUGGGAGGAGCACAUUCCCAGUUUCAUCCGUGAUGGGGACUCCUUUGCCCAGAAGCUGGAAUUCUAUCUCCACAUCCAUUUUGCCAUCUAUCUUCUGAAGCACUCUGUGGGGAGACCGGACAAAGAGGAGCUGGAUGAAAAGAUUUCUUAUUUCAAAACCUACCUGGAGACCAAAGGGGCAGCCUUGAGCCAGACCACGGAGUUUCUUCCUUUCUAUGCUCUUCCUUUUGUUCCCAACCCUACGGUGCACCCCUCAUUUAAAGAACUCUUCCAGGAUUCCUGGACUCCAGAGUUAAAGGUGAAGUUGGAGAAGUUUCUAGCUUUAAUAUUUAAAGCCAGCAACACCCCAAAGCUCUUAACAAUAUAUAAGGAGAGUGGACUAAGUAACAAAGAAACGUUGCAUCAGCUCCACCAGCGGCUGGUUGAAGCUGAACGUAGGUCAAUGACAUACCUCAAACGGUACAAUAAGAUCCAGGCAGACUACCACAAUCUCAUUGGAGUCACAGCAGAGCUGGUGGAUUCUCUAGAGGCCACAGUCAGCGGCAAGAUGAUCACCCCUGAGUACCUCCAGAGCGUCUGUGUCCGCCUGUUCAGUAACCAGAUGCGACAGAGCCUGGCGCACAGUGUGGACUUCACGAGACCUGGGACGGCCUCCACCAUGUUGCGAGCCUCCUUGGCACCUGUGAAAUUGAAGGAUGUCCCAUUACUGCCCUCCCUGGAUUAUGAGAAACUGAAGAAGGAUUUGAUUUUGGGGAGUGACCGCUUGAAAGCCUUCUUGUUGCAGGCUCUGCGCUGGCGCUUGACCACAUCCCAUCCUGGAGAGCAGAGGGAGACCAUUCUGCAGGCCUAUAUCAGCAAUGACCUCUUGGACUGUCAUAGCCACACCCAGAGGAGUGUGCUCCAGUUGCUGCACUCCAAGAGCGACGUGGUACGACAGUACAUGGCCAGGCUCAUCAAUGCUUUUGCGUCACUGGCAGAAGGUCGCCUCUACCUUGCCCAGAACACAAAGGUGCUGCGGAUGCUGGAGGGAAGGCUGAAGGAGGAGGACAAGGACAUCAUCACCAGGGAGAACAUUCUUGGGGCCCUGCAGAAGUUCAGCCUCAGGCGCCCGCUGCAGACAGCAAUGAUUCAAGAUGGCCUUAUCUUCUGGCUGGUUGAUGUUCUGAAGGACCCAGACUGCCUGUCUGACUACAUGCUGGAGUACUCGGUGGCUUUGCUCAUGAACCUCUGUCUCCGCAGCGCAGGGAAGAACAUGUGUGCCAAGGUGGCAGGCCUCGUGCUCAAAGUCCUUUCGGAUCUUCUUGGCCAUGAAAACCAUGAGAUUCAGCCAUAUGUGAAUGGAGCUCUGUACAGCAUCCUUUCUGUUCCAGUCAUUCGUGAGGAAGCAAGAGCAAUGGGAAUGGAAGACAUCCUACGCUGCUUCAUCAAAGAAGGCAAUGCCGAAAUGAUCCGCCAGAUAGAAUUCAUCAUCAAGCAGCUUAAUUCUGAGGAGCUACCAGAUGAUGUUCUUGAAUCUGAUGAUGAUGAAGAUGAAGAUGAAGAAGAGGACCAUGACAUCAUGGAAGCUGAUCUGGACAAAGACGAACUGAUCCAGCCCCAGCUUGGAGAACUCUCAGGAGAGAAGCUUCUGACUACGGAGUACCUGGGGGCUGGAAGACCAUCACACACCUCUCCAGACAGCCCAACAUUCCAGGAACGGCUGCCCACGGGCCCUGCCAAACACUCACGAGGCUGUCUACAGGGAGGGCAAGCCCAGCACCCCCGAGUCCCAUGUUUCCUCUUCAUUGGCCAUCAAUGCCAGGCCGGGAGAGUGGCGGCCAAGAGGAUGUCAGGAAGAGCCUCGCCUGGCCCCCACGGGGAUCCCCAGCCAGCCAAGGGAGGUGCCCCAGGACCCAGGCAGGGGAGAGACCACCAGGGAAUGUACGUCAGCCUUCACCUGCAAAGCCCGCGCCCCCAGCGCUCCAGAGAUAUCGAACUGGAAGCCACCCAAGGCAAAGGUGUCAGUUCUGGCCCCUCCGUUCUCUUCGUGUGGCCCCCAGCAGACCAGCCACCCGGCUCCACAGCGUCCUCCACAAGAGGCCUGCUGAGUAAGUCAGCCUGGGCCCCGCUGGCAUGGGAGCCCGGCCGCCCGCCAACCCGGAGGGAAGGGCAUUUUGCUGCUGUGUUUGGCCCCGUGCUCCUGUGUGUGACAAGCCAGCCCAGAGGGGGAAAAGGGCUGCUUCCCUUCCCCACACUGCCAGGCCCCAGCAGGUGGCUUCCUUUCCUCCAGGGACCGUUUCUACAUGAAUCUUCCUUCCUACUAAAUUCCCUUGGCAGGGUGCAGUGGCUCACACCUGUAAUCCCAGCACUUUGGGAGGUCGAGGCAGGCGGAUCACCUGAGGUCAGGAGCUUGAGACCAGCCUGACCAACAUGGAGAAACCCCGUCUCUACUAAAAAUACAGAAAAUUAGCCAGGCGUGGUGGCACAUGUCUGUAAUCCCAGCUACUUGGGAGGCUGAGGUAGGAGAAUCACUUGAACCUGGGAGGUGGAGGUUGCAGUGAGUUGAGAUCAUGCCAUUGUACUCCAGCCUGGGCUACAAGAGUGAAACAGAAAAUAAAUAAACUAAUAAAUAAAAUAAAUUCCCUUUGGCCUCAGUGACUCAAAGCUGAGGAAUGAGACCUCCAGGCUGGUCACUGAGACAGAAGCACCCCCACCCCACUCUGUGGAGCUCGCAGAGUGGGCCCUGACCUGGCUCUGCUGCCCCAGGAUUGGCCUUGAAACUCCGACCUGCCCUGGUGGGAGGUGGUCCAGCCCCUGGCCCAGCCGCCAUGUCCCUGCCUGGCCCGGCCGCGGUCAGGCCACCCCUGGGUCAAACAGAAGCGGAUGUCUGCUCGAAGGCUGGACAGAAGGGCUGCCAGUAGGACCUGGAGAUGGGAUGAGCCCAAGGGUCCCCACUCUGUCCCUGGGGCCUCCUCUCACCCUUUGGCUCGCCGUAAGGACCACUUCUCUGUCUUUCUCUGUCCCCUUCCAGCCUCUGCCAGUUGAUAUCCCCUCCACCUCCACGUCCAGCUGAGCUGGGGCUUUCUAGAGGGCUUUACCAAAACUCUGGGAAAACAAAAGGACAGAACGAAAGAAGGUCAGGCAAGAGGAAAGCAUCCUGCUCAGGAUAUGUGCAUCUGUGGCCGCCCCCAGCCUGCCCUCCCCCACUACCUUCCUGGCCGGGCCCUGGGUGCUCUGGCUACCUGGGGAUCCGCUGGGUUGGAAGUGGGGGUAAUGGCCAUGGCUGGGGAGCCAGGUUGGGCUCCCUUCCACUUCCUACUGGGAAACACACCCCAAACCCCAGCCCAGCCAGCUGCAGCCCAGGGCAGGCGCAGAGGAAGUGCAGCAAAUCCAGGGAAGGAAGGUGCCCCAGGGGCAGGGAUCCCCAGUUCAUAGCGACUGGCUCCACAUCUAGCAGCAGAGCAUGGUUGCGGGAUGGGCGGUUCAGCCAGCCAUGGGCGUUGUGUGUCCUGUGGGUUCAACAAACACAUGGGCUGCAAAGCUGCCUGAGCCACUCGCACUGCGCAGCCUGCUUCCUGCGAGGAAGGAGUCGGCCAGCCAGCUGAGCCCCAGCCACAGAGCAGGCCACCUGGGAAGGGAAGUGCUCGCUUCUGAGCCAGCUGAAAGAGGGACUGAGUGGGACAGAGGGGCUUCUGUGUGGGGACUGUAUGGUGCUGGCAUCUCGCUCUGGCUUUUUUCUCCAGGCAGCCAGUCUCACAGGAAGUGAGGAUGUCCCUGAGUGUCCCCAUCAUGUUGCUGGAGGACCAGCUCUCAUCUGGCAACAGCUGUGGGUGAUGAAUGUGAAGGGACACUUGUCCACAAGACUCUGGGAGCCAAGGGGAGACUGGCUGUCCAGGCAGCACCAGAGCAAAGCCAUCGCAGCCCCGCCGGGCAGGUCCCUUUCAACCGGGGCCGAGCCACGAAGGAGAGCUGAGCAGAACCUGGCACUGACCUCCUGGAGAGGGGAGUUUCCUGUUCACCUUUCACACACACAGGAGAGGGGGUGGCUUUUGCCCUCAGGAGACCUUCUGGCCCCAGAAACAGCAGGUGCUGGAUUUGCAGCCGGGGCUCUCCAGGCCCCAGCGGGCGACAGUAUGGGGCCAGCCUGGAGCGGGGCCUUUCCAAGGCUGCUGACGCCAGCUCUCCUCACUCAGACCGACUACCAGGACCCAGAAGGAACUUAGGGUGAGGCUCAUUCUCAAGCCUCUACCUCAGCAGCAAAGUUGGUGUUUUCUUCCUCUGUUAAAAUCUGAGAAAGAGGCUGGGCGCGGUGGUUUACACCUGUAAUCCCAGCACUUUGGGAGGCCAAGGUGGGUGGAUCACCUGAGGUCAGGAGUUUGAGACCAGCCUGAUCUGCCCGCCCUUUGAUGGGGAGGACUCUGUGGUCCCAGUGGUCGUAAAUAAAGAAGAAGCCCCCCCAGCUCCUCCGGUGGGGAGGCAGAGGAGGUAAACAGGAGGCCAGUUACCCAUGAGAUUACCAGAAGCUCAUCCAGAGCCGGGCCCCGGUCAGUCUCGUGAGUUCUUGGCAGUGGCUCCAGGCCGGACACAUUACAUGCUGUUGUGUGACUGGCCUGGUGGCCACCUCUUGGUUCUCUGGAAAUGUGUGAGCCCACUCUGUGCUCAGGGAGGAAGGCUGCCAUCCCGACCUGUCAACCGCAGGCCCUCUCCGAACUCCUCACUUGACCUGGAGGCGUAGAGAGCAAAUACAAAGCUCGCCUCUGGUGUCAUUGGUGUAGACAUAGAAAAAGUAGAGGGUCCCUAAAAUGCGACUCCUCCAUCGGGAGACUUAGAAAGGUAUAGAGCGGUUGCAGAUGAACAGCAAAGGAGUGGAAUGGAAAAAUCUCUCUCUUGUUCACCCCAAGAAGUCCACUCCCCUAUGGAUUCCUCAGAUGCCGCGGCUGGCAUGGCCUUUCCCAGCCUUGGUGUGGGAGUGGCAGAAAUCAGGGGGGUGGGAGAAUCAUCCGGGUCAGGCCAGUGUCUCCUUCACAUGAAGUCAGCCACUACCUCUCCCUCAAGCCUACCAAAGAGCUGAAGUCUGAUCUGUAGAUGUCUGAUAGUUUGGGGAGAAGGAAAGUUAGUCUUUUAGAGAAGAGGAGAGUAUCCAACUUAGGGUCAAAAUAUAUUGAGAUUACCACGUGAGAUGUGGGUGUUUCUUCUGAGAAAGAGCUCUCUAUCAGCCACGCCUCUGCACCUCGCCCUGAGAGAGUCCACUCCUGGCUCAAGCUUCUAAAUUCCAAGACUGACAGCUAGAAAUAUACUUUGUAAAAUACCAACAACUUACAAAUAUUCCAACUAUCUACCUGCUCCAAUGAGCUUGCUGAGGUUGGGGAUGACAAUUGAAGGGGAAAAAAAUUAAUACUCAGAUAAGCCCAAACUUGUUUAAAGGUCAUCUGAAGAUCCAAGCAGAUGGCUCCUAAGAUUUGCCCAUACAAACUACCCAGGGAAGCCAUGAGAGGGAUCUUUAGACUUCUGGAAAAUGGGGAGGUCCCAGGUAGAUUGCAGCUCCUCCGCCCCUGGAGGCUGAGCUGCCCUCUGCUGACCUCACAUCCUCUGGUUUCUUCUGAGUGGGACUUUUCUCAUUUCUGCUUCACAGCAAGGUGGAAUUGUCUGGCAAGAGCUUAAAUUAGGGCCCUUGGCAUGUACCGUAAUAGUCAGGUGGCGGUUUGAGAUCCAGUUAGAUGCCAAAGAUUGGGCAAUAGGUGAGGAAAGAUUUGGCCCAAAUCAAAAGAGCUAAAAAACCAAAAACAAAACAGAUGGUUGAUGCAAAAAAUAAGGUUCAUGCAAAAAAAAAAAAAAAAAAAAAAAAAUCUGUGAGAAAGUAUCAAACUUUUUAAUAAAAACAAGUCUGGCCCAGUACUUGGAUGACCACACCUGGCUUGUCUAACCCCAAUUCCAGUCCCAGUUUUAAUAAAACUGUUUACAAAAUAGGCACCCGGAACGUGGACCAUAGAUACCAAUUUGAUUUUUUAAAAUAUUGCAUUAAAAUAUUACAUAAUUUGUUUUCA